AUGGAGAAGCCAGAACUAAACUCGAUGACAAUCGGCGCUCUACCGCCAGAAAUUCUUAUCGACAUCCUUUCGAGACUGCCCGUCAAUUCAAUUUGUUCCAUGAGAUGUGUAUCUAAGGCCUUUUUAAAGACGGUUGACGACCCCUCUCUUGCAACAAUGCACAUGCGGCGUCGUUUUCUAACUACUUGUUCUACUACUACCACUGAAGUUCCUCGACUUGUUGUUCUUGAUGAGUCUCCAUUUGAUCAACAUGACGCGUUGCAUCCAUUGAAAUACAACGGCAAAAAAUUAUUGACAAAGAGCAAACAUGCAAUUGUUUCCUAUUUCGGAUCCAGACGGCGUUUCUAUUCUGCUGCUUUUGUUUUCUGCAACUUGUUUGGCUUUACUGGUCAUAAUCCUGAGCAUGGAAGGUCAUGCUUUAGGGGUCUUAAUCUGGAGCAUGCGAGGUCAUGCUUGUUGGUGAAUCCUUUCAGGGGAGAAGUUCUAAUUCUCCCAUCAGCGAGUGACGUCCAAGUUCCAUCUAAUAGUCCCAGCGAUGUUGAUUGGUAUGGCAUGGGAUUUGAUAAUAUAACAUGUAGCUUCAAGAUUGUUCGUGUUUCCACCAAUAGAAAAGAUUACUUGGAGGCCGAAGUUCUUGUAUUGGGGACAAGCUCAUGGCGGAAAUUACCUACAGUUCCUCCUUGCAUUCCAACCUGCAAGUCCGCAUAUGCACAUGGAGACAUGCAUUGGUUGGUUCAUGGAGAUGACGGAUCAUCCGUACGUAUACUUUCUUUUGACUUUUAG